AGCUGACAUAUCCAUGCAAAGUCAGACUUUUAUUUCUUAUAUUCAAAGGGAGAAUGAAAGAUUCAUUAUAAAAUUAAGAUAGCCAAGCAGCAUUGAUAUCAGAGAAAGAAACUGGCAGGGAGAUAAUAUCAGAUCAGAGAGCAGAGAAGUAAUGGAGAGAGAAAUCCAGCAUAAAUGGGUCAAAACUAACGGGAUAAAGAUGCACAUAGCAGAGCUAGGCACAGGACCCCUUGUACUUUUGCUGCAUGGAUUCCCAGAAUUCUGGUACUCUUGGCGUCACCAGAUCCCUGUUCUUGCUAGCCAUGGUUAUCACGUUGUCGCCCCAGAUUUACGAGGCUAUGGUGACUCUGACUCGCCCUUGAGCUCCUCUUCUUACAGCAUGCUCCAUAUUGUUGCUGACCUUGUUGGCCUCUUGGACUACUUUGGUGAACCAAAGGCUUUUGCAGUGGGAACUGACUGGGGAGCUGAGGCAGCAUGGCACUUGAGCCUCUUUAGGCCUGAUAGAGUGAAAGGAGUGGUUAGUCUCUCAGUUCCUUAUUUCCUCAGAGACCCUAACAGCAAACCUACUGAUUUUUUCCGAAGAAUAUUUGGAGAUGACUUCUAUGUGUGUCAAUUUCAGGAAACAGGACGAGCAGAGAGAGCAUUUGCAAGGUAUGACUAUCUGACAGUUAUGAAGAAAUACCUGCUAGUAGGCAGAACAGACAAUCUGGUGGCUCCAGAGGGCAUGGAAAUAAUAGACUAUCUAGAGACUCCGUCUGUUUUGCCAUCAUGGAUCACCGAAGAGGAACUUCAGGUUUAUGCAGACAAGUUUCAGGAAUCAGGUUUCACCGGCCCCUUGAACUAUUACCGCGCUAUGGACUUGAACUGGGAGCUGCUCGCAGCCUGGCAGGGAGCAAAGAUAACAGUUCCAAGCAAGUUCAUUAUCGGCAAUAAAGACAUUGGUUUUGUAAAUCUUGGAAUAAGGGAAUAUAUUGAAGGUCCCAUCUUCAAGAGCCUCGUUCCUAAUUUACAAGUUGCCAUUCUCAAUGGCCACCAUUACAUACAACUGGAAAAACCACAGGACGUGUCCAAUGCGAUAUUAUCCUUCCUACAAGAUCUCUCUUCAGAUCAAUGAAGCUCUUCCACUUUUCUGGAUCAAACUGUUGGUCCUUGGUAUAAGUAAAUCUCCAAUAGCUGGAUUGGAGAUUAUCUUCAACCAGUAAUCUAGACAUUCUGCCCAAGUACAUUCUUAGCCUGUUUUAGCCAUGCUUCAGCUUUCGCUCUAAAUCAGAUGUAGAUUUACUUGUCUA